AUGCGUUUGUGUGUAUGGUUGCAGAAUUUACAAAUAUACAACUGGACAAUUGUUUUUGUUAUUCACAUGUUUCCUUACUUAAAACCUCGUAUGGUAGAUAUAAAUUUCGCGUACUAUUCACCAACUCUUCGUUUCUGCAUUUUAGUUUAUAGACAAUUUCUCUACUGUUAUAACAUCCAAAAGGUUGUGGAUAAAGUGUUCCGAAAGUCUAAGGAUAUUUCUAAGUAUUGCCGAAUAUUUUUUAAACAAAUAAAGAAAAAACAAAAAACGACUGGUGAAAAUGGACCAUGGCUUUUAAAACAUUAUUUGAAACUACAAUGUCUUAAGUUGACAUGUAGAGAAUCUGUUUCUAUUCUGAAGAUAGAUGCUUCCCUAUUUUUUUCUCCGUGA